CCACCUCACAUAAAACCUUGUGGCACACGUAGUGCUGCUGCUCUCUUUAAAUCGCAUUCCCACUUUCCAGCUUCAAGUCUAAAAGCUGAUCGAUACACAGAGCCACAAGACACCAUCGACGAGAUGGCAUUACGGUUUGAAGCUUCCUGUCCUGAUGGCUUGUGUCCCGGGUGGAGCGUCGUGGUGAAAGGACAGCCUAGCUCAGCAGCCGAUAAGUUUGAGAUCAAUUUCCUCUGUGAUCAGGAUGACAGAAUAGCCUUUCAUUUCAACCCCCGCUUUAAAGAAUCGGACAUAGUGUGUAACUCCUUCCUCGCAAACCAAUGGGGGCAGGAACAGAGAUGCACCAACUUCCUGUUUGAAACCAACGAACCUUUUCAGAUCGAAAUCGACUCAGACGAAGACAACUUUUAUGUUUACAUCGAUGACACAAAAAUCAUGCAGUUUAAGCAUCGUGUCCACGACCUGAAGACCAUCACGAAAGUCCAGGUGGUGAAGGAUAUCGACAUCUCCAGUGUGGAAAUCACCAAGAAACAGUUUUGCUAAAAUUGUCAAGGCUUAAAUCUUCCCUCUGGGAAAGAUCAACCGAAUGAGCCUUUGCUUGUUUACACUGGAUUGUGUUUGUCUUUCUUGAGUUUUGUGUUUAAUUUUAGCAAUUAAAUAAUGAAUAGUGAUGAUUAUUCUUUUAGUUUCCACACUUCCUGUUGGUCUCUUGGCAGUGUGAAUAAUAAUUGC